AUGCAGCUUCCUCUCUUGAUCAAGAUGCUUCCUCUCUUGAUCAAGAUGCUUCCUCUCUUGAUCAAGGUGCUUCCUCUCUUCAUCAAAGUGCUUCCUCUCUUCUUCAAAGUACUUCCUCUCUUGAUCAAGGUGCUUCCUCUCUUCUUCAAAGUACUUCCUCUCUUGCUCAAGAUGCAGCUUCCUCUCUUCAUCAAGAUGCUUCCUCUCUUCUUCAAAGUACUUCCUCUCUUGAUCAAGAUGCUUCCUCUCUUCAUCAAAGUGCUUCCUCUCUUCUUCAAAGUACUUCCUCUCUUGAUCAAGGUGCUUCCUCUCUUGAUCAAGGUGCUUCCUCUCUUCUUCAAAGUACUUCCUCUCUUGAUCAAAGUACUUCCUCUCUUGCUCAAGAUGCAGCUUCCUCUCUUCAUCAAGAUGCUUCCUCUCUUCUUCAAAGUACUUCCUCUCUUGAUCAAGAUGCUUCCUCUCUUCAUCAAGAUGCUUCCUCUCUUCUUCAAAGUACUUCCUCUCUUGAUCAAAGUACUUCCUCUCUUGCUCAAGAUGCAGCUUCCUCUCUUCAUCAAGAUGCUUCCUCUCUUCUUCAAAGUACUUCCUCUCUUGAUCAAGAUGCUUCCUCUCUUGAUCAAGAUGCUUCCUCUCUUCAACAAAGUGAUUCCUCUCUUCAUCAAGAUGCUUCCUCACUCCAUCAUGCAUCCAUCAUGCAGCUUCCUCUCUUGA